UGUUUAUGAAUGUAACAAGAGUUAUGUAAGAAGCUCGUAAGUGAUUGUUCUAAAGAACUUAAAGAUGGCGGUUGGUGAUUUGUCAAAAUAUUUUAGUAAACAGUGAUGGUGGUCUAAUUGUGAAAUUUCAUUAAAAUGGAUUGGAUUCAUUGUAAUAAAUGUUUUAUGCAGUUAGAACAAAGAAUUACUUUGCAUCUCACAUCAUGCGGUCAUAUGUUUUGCAACAUAUGCCUGGAAAAGGAUGCAACACAAAAUACUUGUUUUAUUUGCCGAGUUCCAUGUACUACGAUGAAAUUAGAACCCGAUAUGAAUACAGAAGUGCAAGAUUACUUUACCGAUCCAGAAGAAAUUAUAAAAAAGUCAUGGGAAGUUUUGCGAUUUCAAAAACAACACAGAAGAAGGUUAUUAUCAUUCUUAUUACAAUCGAAUAAAAAGUUUUAUACGGCGCGAACGGAACUCAAACGCAUGCAGGAGUUAUGUCAGAAGCAACACAAACAAAUGAAAGAGUACCAGAAAAUUAUAAAGCAUUUGGAAUCCAAGCUCGCUAAUCAGACAAAGCAACUAUCGCCGUUUAAUGUUCCAAUAUCUCCGAGCAACAAUCUAUCUCCCGGCUUCCUGCAGUCUACUCCUUCAUACAAACGCACCGCGAAAAGCACCCCUUAUAGUCAAACUUAUCAGUCGAACCUCGUGACCCCAGCGAGGAUAAGCAGGAAUCGAUCUAUCAGUAGCGGUGCUCAAAGUCAGAGAUCAAGCACUUCUAACAGGAUAUCAUCGACGGUGUUCACUCCGCCCACGCAGGAGUCCGUCGGGUACAUCAAUUUUUUAAAGCAUCUCUAACGGAAUCAAAAUUACGAUUCGGGGUACAACUCUAAUGGUAGUUUUACAGACAGCCUGCCUAAGAAAUGCUGUAUUCUGCAAGGACUUCAUUGGAAGAAGUAUAUUUAGUGUGUUUCUUAACUAUUAAGCAAAUAAUUGAUUUUAGUUUUAGUUUUAAGGAUAAUAAUUUCGUUUUUAUUAAACUAU